AUGGAUAAUUGUAAUCCAAUUUUAACACCAGUAGAAGAGAGACUGAAAUUGACAAAAGAUGGAUCAGGAGAGCUUGUGAAUUCAACAGACUUUAAAGGAGUUGUUGGAUGUUUAGGAUAUUUAACUGCUACAAGACUUGAUAUCAUGUAUGCAGUUGGGUUGGUUAGUAGGUUUAUGGAAUCUCCUAGACAAUCACAUUUACAAGAUGCAAAACGUAUUCUGAAGUAUGUAAAAGGAACAACAAGCAUGAGAAUCUUUUAUACUGUCUCAGAAGAUUCAAAGUUGGUUGGUUUCACUGAUAGUGAUUGGGAUGGAGAUACAGAAGGUAGAAAAAGUACAUCAGGUUAUGGUUUUCAUUUGGGAACUGGUUUUUCUCAUGGUCAUCUAAGAAGCAACAAGUUGUUUCAUUAUCUACUCCAGAAUUUGAGUAUAUAG